CGUCACGCACAGCACAAUGAACGUACCCCUCGUCUGUGACUACGGCUCGGGCUUCAGCAAGGUGGGCUUUUCGGGCACAGACGCCCCCCCGGCCAUGUUCCCCACCAUCCUCGGGAAACUUCGACACGACAAUCCGUUGGUGGGGAUGCAAGAGGAAGACUGGUUCAUCGGAGACGAGGCUCAGAAAAAUCGAGGGGUGCUUAACCGGCAAUAUCCCAUCUCCCAGGGGACCAUCACUAACUGGGACAACAUGGAGAAGAUUUGGCAUCAUUCCUUCUACCAGGUGCUGCGCAUUGCCCCAGAGCAGCAUCCUCUGAUGGUGACCGAAUCACCUUUAAACAUAAUGUCCAACAAAGAGAAGAUGUCACAGGGUGUCACCUCUUUGCUGAGCAAGAUGAAGAUGCAGGAAGGAGUUGGUGGAACAACUAUUGAAUCUGGGGAAGGAAUGACAUACUUUGUGCCCAUCAUCGAUGGCUGUCCUUUGCAUCAGUCGACCAUCCAGACGGACAUGGCGGGCCAAGACCUAACAUCGUACCUCCUGCAGCUAUUGACAGACAGCGGGCACUCAUUGGUGAGCACGGGUGACUGGGAGUACAUCCGGGACAUAAAAGAAAAAUGUUGCUACGUGGCUUUGGACUUCGACAAGGAAAAAAUGAAAGCCGGCUCUCCUUCCUACGCACAGAAGUAUCAGCUGCCCGACGGCCAGGAGAUUACCCUUGGGCCGGAGAAGUUCCUCUGCCCCGAAGGGCUUUUCCAGACAGACAUCAUGGAGCCUCGGGAGGGGAGGAAAGAGCCCAAGGGUGUGGUCAGCUGA